AUGUCAACUGAAAAAAAAAAGGGAGCCGCAGCAACAGAGGAAGCACAAUAUGCAGCAGAAGAAUAUGCUGUAAAUGACUAUAGUGCUUCUUCUAAUUAUAGUAUACCACAGGGUUAUUAUAACGAUAAUGGAGAAUACAUUGAAAAUGGAAGUUAUAAUUACGCAGAUGCCAGUCAAUACUAUUACGGGUAUGAUUAUACAACAGGAACAUAUACUAAUUCCAAUAUGACGUCAACUGAUACCUCAGGAGCAGGAUAUAACUAUGAUCAUUAUUAUUCACAACAAGCUUAUUAUGAUCCGUCAGCAUAUAAUACUACAGUACCCGAAUCUGUUGCUGCCAUUCAAUCAGCAAUGGCAACUCCAAAAUACAAUACAACACCUGUAGCAGCUUCACCUUUAACUUCUACUGCCACUUCUACUAUACCGCUUAGGACAUCCAUCACUACUAAUACAACAACAACAACAACAGCAAAUAAUCUAGCACCUAAAAUAUAUUAUCCCUCAACCGCUAAUCCUAAUAAUCCAGUGGGUCCUGUUAUCGUAUCAAAGACCGGCUAUACAGGACCUCAAUCUGCAAAUGCAACAACAACAACAACAGCAACAACCUCAACAUCAGCAUCAAAUGACAAUAAAAAGAAAAAGAAAAAAACGACUGUUAGAGUAGCAGGCGGAGAAGUAUGGGAGGAUCCUACGUUAGAAGAAUGGGAUCAAAAUGAUUAUCGUUUAUUUGCAGGUGAUUUGGGUAAUGAGGUAACUGAUGAACUUUUGUAUAAAGCGUUUUCAAAGUAUCCUAGUCUAUUAAGAACACGAGUUGUACGUGAUAAUCGAACUUUAAAAUCAAAAGGAUUUGGUUUUAUAAGUUUUAAGGAUCCUGAUGACUUUGUUAGAGCUUGGAGAGAAAUGAAUGGUAAAUAUGUUGGAAAUAGACCUAUUAAAUUGCGUAAAAGUAACUGGAAAGAGCGUAACAUUGAUGUUAAAGCUAAAAAAGAAAGAGAGCGCUUUGGACCCUAUUCAAAGCAUAGAUAA